AAAUUGUACUACGAUUUAUUCCAUGAUGUUUUUUUACGUUAACGUUACUAACUUCAGACCUGUCAACAUUUAUGGACUCAACCUUAACCUAACAGAAAUUAGUCGGGUUAGGUUAGGAAAUUUCACGUGCCACAUGCCGAAUUAUACAAAUACGACGCCUUCUCAGCUUACUCGAUUAUUAAUAUCACUCAGCACUGAUUUAGCUGUAAGAAAUGAAAAGAUACUUAUUAUACAUGAAUUAUAUUGGCACCCACUUCAGUGGAAUGCAAAGACAAGAGUCCUUACGCACAAUUCAAGGCACUAUUGAAGAAGCAUUGGCCGACUCCAUUAAACCCCGAAGUCUAUCUGAACCAAUUCUUCAAGUUUCGAGCAGAACGGAUAGCGGCGUUCAUGCUCUGUCAACAACAGCCCACAUCGACUUGAUUCAUCCAAAGAACGAGUCAUACAAUACGCAAUAUAUGAAGCACAGACUAAAUAAGACUUUUGCUAAGAAUGGUCAUGCGAUCAGAAUCACUUCCUGUUACCAAGUCAGCACAGACUUUCAUGCCAGACAUUCAGCCAAGUCUCGAUCAUAUUUGUAUCGUCUCAUGGUUCCUAAGAAAGAAUGUUAUCAGGAUAUACCAGUCAGUGAGCUGUAUCGAUGUUUUGCACUUCUUGGUAAUACUGGUCCCUUCGAUGCGGAACGAGUAAAAAGGGGAACUCAGCUUUUCCUCGGACCUAAAGAUUUUCAAACAUUUGCUGGAAAAAUAAAGAACAAGUAUCAAAAUAAAAAGGUUGUUUAUGUCCGGCAACUUGAUUACUUCACUGUGGAAAAGGGUCAGCCUUUAAUGAUUGAUGAUCCCCUUUCCACACAGUUCGAUUACUGGGAUUUCAGGUGUGGGGGUAGAGCUUUUCUUUAUAAUCAGGUUCGUCGAAUGGUCGGAACCCUGAUCACACUAGGAUUAGGAAAAAUUACGGAAAGAGAUAUUAGGUGUAUGUUACAAGUUCCGUCACGUCAUAACUGGGACUCGCGUGUUCAAGUAUUGCCACCGUACGCUCUCUAUUUAUGCGAGAUUUAAUGGAUAUUCCGGAAGCUAAAAUUUCAGAGGCAUUAAAAACCUGCCUGAGAAUAAUGCGUGAAAAAGGAGGUCAGGGCGUUUUUAUACACUGUAACGCGGGUGUAUCUCG